ACAGCCUUACACCACCGUUCUAGGCACUUGACUUGUAAACUUAUCCCCCCUAAGCGGCUAAGACCCAUCUUGUUUCUCUUUCCUUUAAUCCAAAGUCAGCUUUCAGCAAACCUGCAGCAUCCAUGCAAGGCACAAAGCCUCAUGUAGCCCUCCUUGCAAGCCCUGGCAUGGGACACUUGAUCCCCGUCCUUGAGCUUGCCAAGCGCCUCGUCUCCCAUCACAGCUUCAAAGUUACCGUCUUUGUUGUGGCAGCCGAUCAUGCCUCGAUCGCACACUCCCAACUCCUCCAAUCACCAGACCCUGAUCUCCUCGAUAUCGUUUUACUCCCUUUUGUUGACCUCUCCAAACUAGUUGAACCCGAUGCAUCAUUAGCAACAAAAAUAGUGAUAAUGAUGCUGGAGUCCGUUCCAUUUCUCCGAUCCGAAAUCUCUAAGAUGGAGUUUCGACCGACAGCUCUAGUUGUCGACAUGUUCGGAACUGAUGCUUUGGACAUUGCGGAUGAAUUCAAUAUGUUAAAAUACGUGUUCAUAGCUUCUAACGCAUUCUUUUCUGCGGUUGUGCUAUAUAGUCCGGAGAUUGAUAGGAAGGAGAUCGAUGAGCAUGUUAAGAACCAAAAGCCACUCCACAUCCCGGGAUGCAAGCCGGUUAAGUUCGAGGAUACCCUCGACGUUUUUUUCAUGGAUUAUGACGAUCCAUCAUAUCAAGGCUAUCUUGGUGUAGGGGUGAAAAUGUCAUUGUCUGAUGGGAUUUUGGUCAAUUCUUGGGAUGAGCUAGAGCACACAACCCUUAAAGCCUUGGCGGAGGCUAAGAAAGUACCCGUUUAUCCAAUUGGUCCACUGGUACGACCAAUUGAAAAGCCGGCUUUGGGCAACCAAAUUUUAGAUUGGCUCGACAAACAACCUAAAGAAUCAGUGAUUUAUGUGUCGUUUGGGAGCGGUGGAACCUUGUCAGCCCAACAAGUCGCAGAGCUGGCUUUGGGCCUAGACCUCAGCCAACAAAGAUUCGUUUGGGUGGUUCGUCCUCCUUCCGACAACGAUGCAUCAGGGUCCUUUUUCACAGUAGGGAACGGCUCUGAUGGCGACCCGGACUACCUGCCAGAUGGGUUUUCUACAAGGACCCAGGACAGAGGAUUGGUGGUCCCCAUGUGGGCUCCACAAGUUGAGGUAUUGAGUCAUCCCUCGAUCGGUGGAUUUUUAACCCAUUGUGGGUGGAAUUCGACCAUGGAGAGUAUUACCAACGGGGUGCCGAUGAUUGCAUGGCCGCUUUACGCUGAGCAGAACAUGAACGCUGCGAUAUUGACGGAAGACAUCGGAGCAAGCAUCCGAGCAAAGGCGCUGGAAUCAUCAGGUGGAGUGGUGGGAAGAGAAGACAUAAAAUCGAUGGUGAGGACAAUAUUGGUGGAUAGUGAAGGGCAAGACAUUAGAGCCAGGGUGAAGGAGCUGAAAAACAGUGCAGCAAAAGCUUUGAGCGAGGGUGGUUCCUCCUGCAAUUCACUUUCACAAGUAGCAGAGAUCUGUAUUCAACACCUGAAAACAAAGGCUUACGGAGCUUGAUUAUACUUAUAUUAGGAUCUUGUUCUUCAUGUUUAUGUAACCACAUAGUUUAUGCGUGUAUGAAGAAGCUUGUGAUGUUCA